AUGCCUAUCCAAGUAACGCGCAUGAAAGAGGCCGAUAUAGACGGCGCAAUCGAUACCAUACAACAAGCCUUCGCAAAUGAUCCCUACAACAAUUGGGUAUUUCCAGACCGCGAAAAGGUCUCCCUAGCGCGUAACCGCGUUUCUCUCACGCUACGAUGCCGCUGGGGUAUCGAGCAUGGCCUCUUCCACGUCGCACGCGAUACCGCAAAUCCCUCUAAGAUCCUAGGCUGCGCAAUGUGGCUUCCACCCCGGCCAACUUCAGAACCCGAGUCCUGGUCACUAUACCUUUCCUACUGGUAUCUCUGGGCCAACCAAAUACGCAUGAAUUUGUGGUACGGACGCGGCGGCCUCAGUACCACGCGAUACUGGAUAUGGAAAGCGCGGCAGGCGGAAGCGCAGUCUGAGUUGUGGAAGGAUCCAAAAGGGUACUACUUCUGCAACAUCGUUACUGUGUUGCCAGAGUGUCAGGGUCAGGGCGUAGGGAGAGCCUUAAUGGAAGAGGUUCUGAGUAUGGCUGAUAAAGAGGGGAGAAGUUGCUAUCUGGAGAGUAGCAGGAGCGAGCCAAAUAUUGCCAUUUAUGAGAAGUUUGGAUUUCGGCUGGCGAGGGAGAUGGAGUGUAGGGAUGGAGAUGGAGAGAAGGACGCUAUCAAGCUGUAUUGCAUGUUGAGGCAGCCAAGAGGCGGGCAGAGCCAGGAAACACUAGGGGGAGGAAACAAGAGUGCCGCUGCAGAAACAGCGGGUACUACACCAGAGAUAGGGCAAUGA